CCUGUGUUGCAAUUUAGUUACAGUCUUGAUCACUGCAACUCCUCAGUAACAUUCCUGCUCACUGACUCAUAAGAGACCUAAGUCUCAACUCUACAGAAUUCAAUAGCAAAAACAAUCUUGCUCUGGGAAAGGCUGUGGAAUUCUUUGCAUCAGCUAGGAAGAUUUAACAAUCUUUCCUGAGAAUGAAGAUUUUGACACUGUUUAAUUUCAUCCUUGCAAAUUGUUUAAUAAUGGCCACUGGUAACUCGACUCUACAGAGUUGUUUUCAAGAGCAGCUGAGGCUCAAGGCCCAGGUGAGACUUCUGGAGUAUCGUGUGAAACAGCAGCAGGUAAAAAUUGUGCGGCUCUUACAGGAGAAGGAGAUUCAAUACCAUGACAAUGGAGAUGAAAACAGUGUUAUUGACCUGGGAGAAAAAAGACAAUACGCAGAUUGUGCAGAGAUCUACAACGAUGGACAUAAACGCAGUGGAUUUUACAAGAUGAAACCUCUUCAGAGCCCUAGUGCGUUCCUCGCCUACUGUGACAUGUCAGAAGGGGGAGGCUGGACUGUUUUUCAGAGACGUUCUGAUGGCAGCCAGAAAUUUGAUAGAGUCUGGGAUGACUAUGAACAAGGUUUUGGAAAUUUUGUUUUGAGAAAUGGUGAAUACUGGCUUGGAAAUAAAAAUCUUCACUAUCUCACCAAUCAAGGAAACUAUACCCUAAGAAUCGAUCUCUCUGAUUUUGAAGGAGUACGGCGAUUUGCACAAUAUAAAAGCUUCAGAGUUGCUGGUGAAGAGAGCUCAUACCAGCUGAGCUGUGGAGAAUACUCUGGCACAGCUGGUGACUCCCUUACUGGGGGGUUUCACCCUGAAGUGAAAUGGUGGGCUGAUCACCGAGGAAUGAAAUUUAGUACACAAGACAGAGACAAUGACAACUAUGAAGGGAACUGUGCUGAGGAGGACACAGCUGGCUGGUGGUUUAACAGGUGUCACACUUCCAAUCUGAAUGGUGUGUACUACAAAGGACCUUAUACAGCAAAGACAGACAAUGGAAUUGUUUGGUACACAUGGCAUGGGUGGUGGUAUUCUCUGAAAUCUGUUGUCAUGAAGGUCAGACCAGCAGACUUUGAACCCAAUGUUGUUUAAAUAUCUAGUUAAUAUAAUCCAUCCAGUUAAUCUUUUAGCAAAUCCAUCUAAAUUGGGCAGAUUUCUCCCUCCACCCUCCCUCCUCUGCCUCAUUUAUGCCUCUAUAAAUCUGGAGUAACUUCAUUAAAAUCAGUAGUGUUAUAUGGGUAUAAAUGAGAAUAGAAUCUGGCCUUGAGCCUGGAGAUACAAAUAAUGUGUACAGGAUUGCUAAAGAGACCAGACAAAGUUCAUCCAGGGUUUAUGGCAACUUUCACCCAUGUAGAAUACUUAGCAGUAGAACUCUAGAAGCAGGGGAAACUUCCACUUGACUGAUGGGCAUAAUGGGGGCCAGGACUUCCCCAAAAGUGAGUAGUAUUGGUCAGGAAGGAGGAGUGCACUGCUAUUGUAACCUCUGCGGUUGAGGCUCCUUUGGAAUCCCCAGUGGAAUUCAAAGCAGCCUACAAUGCCAGAGCUUCUGAGGAAGGACAGCAGUGGGAACAUCACCUGGCCAUUCCUAGGACACAAGAGACUAGGCUGGUACACAGGUGCAAUUUGUACCUUCUGGGGAAUGGAGAACAGGAGGGUUGCCAACUUGGCCCACACUAUUUUGGACUUUUUUCAUUUGGAAACGUUUCUAUCUAAAUCUAUGCACAAUACAUAAGAUUUAAUGGAAAAAUUACAAAAUAGAUUCACUAUAUUGUCUUAAAAAGCAAUGUGAAUAUAUAUUACACAUAAAAACUACAUUAAAAGAAUGUUACAGAAUGUCCAGCAAUUUAAUGGUGCUGGAGCAAUUUGUAUAGUGGGAUGUUGAGAGCCAUUGAACCAAACUGUAAACUCUGUAUGUGAUGGAAACCAUUUCAAACCAUGCUGUACCCCCAGCAUCCUUAGUUCCAGCAUCUAUGAGUGGACAUGCUGUACAUUGAAUGGGGCAGGGGUCCAGUGGAAAAUAUUAUGUAUGAUCCUGUAAUUAAAGACUGUAUCAUAAUAUAUACAUACAGGGGAGCCAAAUUAAGGUUAUAUAGGCAACUUUAAUUCUGGCACUUCCUAACUUUUGAGUGCUUGCUUUAGCAAACUUAAUAUUCUUUUAAUGUAGUUUUUGUAUGUGUAAUUUUAAAGAAAAGCUGAAACCCUCCCCCAGCAUUUCCAUCAUGAUUCCCAGCAGGGUUGGAACCUUUAGAUCCACAGCACAGACUUCUGCCACUUGAGCUCAUGGAGUAACUCAUAGUAGCAGUUAUCUUCUAUGUGAACUAGUGACUAGAGAGGGAAUGGAACACUCCCUUUUCCAGAGGGUUUCACAGAUACAUACUUGCAGACAGCAGAGGAAUGAUGAGACUUAGGAAUCUUGACUUUCAGUCAAGAUUCUGAAAUAUAGCAUGCUUUACAGGUAACAGACCCUUGUGACCCCCACCCCUCACCUCAACAAGACUGUCCCCUUUUGCCACUUGUCCUUUUAGCCUGUUCCUUUUCCAGUCCUGGCUCUCCCCCUCCUUGCAGAUCCUUUCCUAACUAGUCCCAGUCUAGAUCUUCCCAGAAUCCUCGCUCCACUCCCACUGUCCUUGCCCAGUCACAUCCAGGCUUCCCAUCCAAGGCACAGUCUUCCCCUGACCCAGACUCCUUGUCCCAGUUUCCUUGCUCAGGCAGUCUCAAUUCCCUCCCCCACCCCCCUGGCUCCUCAUCCAAUCUCAAAGUAGCAUCCCUCCCCUGGCUUCCACUCCAAGUCUCUUUGCUCAGCCAGUCCCAGUCUCCCCCACCAGGGUCCUUGUUCCAUUCUACUCUCUCUUGUGUCCCCAAUCUGGCUCUUGUCCCUUCAGCAUUUAAGUCGGGAAAUUUCUUCCCCCACACUGCCUGAGGGCCUGCAGGGGAGUGCUCAUGAGCACAAGAGAGCCUUCCUCCUCUCAGUCCUGAUGUUCAUCCUCACAGCCAGCCACAGCAACCAGAAGCAGCAAUUUCAGUCAAAGUUCUACUCUGCCCCUGUAAUCCUGAGAUGGAGUAUGCCCAAGGCAAACCGAGUCAUUAGAGAACUGAUGCUGCAAAAGUCUCUGCUGAGCAUGUGUAAACUGAGACAUUUCAAAAUCUUAUAAUUUGGCCAGAUUUGGGUGUUUUUUUCAAGGAAGAGCAAAAGAUACAUCCCUGGCUUGUAUUUUUCAAGUUCCUAUUCCAAAGCAUAGAGAUACUAGAGCUUUUCAACUGAACAGCUGUAAGAAUUUUGUUAACAUGGGCAACGUGUUUUUCCCUAAUCUCAUUCUAGGAAAUGGCUAAAGUGUUUUUGCUGAAACUUCCCUCUCCGCCCUUCUCCCUU